AUGCGUGUCUACAUAAUAAAUGCUCUUCUCUGCGCAAUGUCAAUUUGUGAUAUCAUCACAAUGUUCUCAUACUUCAUCUAUAUAAUCCGUUUCAAACUUCUCGACGACAAUUCAUCCCAAACCUGGGGAUAUCCAUAUAUCUGGCUCAUUUUCCUCAUUGCUCAUGUCACAAGUUCAAUUGCACUUCACACAACUUCACUUUAUUUAUCGGUAAUUAUGGCGUAUAUACGAUGGACGGCUUUAGAUCGAUUGGAUGCGAAAUGGAUAAAUCAUGGAGCGCUGAAACAGAUAUUGUUGUUUACCGCGCUGAUUGUGACGGUUAUUUCGAUUCCGACGAUUAUGGUGCAUAAAAUUGUGACGGUUAAUGAGGCAUUAGGUGGAGAUGUGGGUAAUUUCAGUGAGGUAAGUGAAAAAUUUCACUCUGAAACUCCAAAAAUCCUCCAAUCUCCAGCCAAACUCCACCAUCUACUACGAAAACCUAUACACUGUGAUUUUGGACGAUAGUUCAAUACAGGGUUGCGCAUUAUUUCGUCUAAAUCUCUGGCUAACCGGAAUAAUGUUCAAAGCCUUGCCGUGUCUUUUGAUUUUGUGGUUUACAAUUGCGCUGAUAUAUAAAUUGUGUGAAAUGUCGGAAAAACGACGGAUUUUGAGAGGCGAUACGACGAAUCGGGGGAAUUUUCAACUUUUGGCGAGUGCCACGCCAAGUUCGACGACUAGAGAAGAACAGUAAGUCCCCAAUCUAAUUUUUAAAAAAAAACCCACUGAAAAUUUCCAGCCGCGUUCGAAAAAUGUCGCAAAAUAUGUCAAUUGAUCGAACUACCCUAAUGCUCAUUAUAAUGAUGGUUGUAUUUCUUUUCACUGAACUUCCCCAAGGACUUCUUGCAAUUCUAUCAGCAAUUUAUCCCACCCAAGUUCAUACAAUGAUUUAUGUGAAUGUUGGUGAAGUUUUAGAUUUACUUAGCCUUAUCAAUUGCCUAACUUCAUUUAUUGUUUAUUGUUGUAUGAGCACAACCUAUCGAGCUACAGUCCGAUCAAUAAUUUGCUCAUUUUGGCGGCGAAAUUCUCGAGGAAAUCAUGAUUUUUUGAUGAAUAACAACAAUAUUGAUCGAAAAAUGUCGAAAAACACUCAAAUGUUAUUGAAUUCAUACAAAAUUCAGGUUUCUUAA